AUGAUAUACUUAGCUUGGUGCUGACCCUUUGAAGACCAAGUUUUACAGAUAACCAACUUAGUGACUGAAAUAUUGAUUUUCUUAAUAAUGAGCGCUACAACUGCUUAUUUAUUUAAUUCUGAGCAAGAAGUUAUGGAAGGGAUUGAGGAUUCUAUUAUCAUAAUUGUCCUAGUUAUUAUAGCAAUUCAAACAAUUUCUUCAAUAAUUAUUUUUUCUAAAACUUUAUAUCAAGUUAUAAAAGAAAAACUUGUGAAGUCAGGAAUUGUCAAAGAAAACAAUAAUCCGCAAUGUAAUUAA